CUUUCCCAUGCGGUUCUCGUCGACCAUGUCCCAAAAUUAUCUGUUAGCGCCCAUCCAAGAAUGCCCGUCCGAUUUCCUGGUCAAGGAGGUGAAAUUGGCGGUGCUCGGAACUGGGGGCGUGGGGAAGAGCGAUGAACUGGGUGUUGUGUUUCUGGAAGUCUCGACGAGUGAUAAUUAUCAAGGUGUAUGCGAUGUAUUUCAAUACCUUUGUAAAGAAGUUAGUAAACAGCACAGUUAUGGCAGCCGGGACAAAAGAAGGUCAUCCAUCAUCCCGCGUCCCAAAUCUCCCAAUGUGCAAGAUCUCAAGAGACGUUUCAAACAGGCUCUUUCAUCCAAAGUGAAAUAG